AUGGACCCACAAGCAGCGCCACCACCAUCCCCGCGUACUUUGGAAGCUGAUGGCGAGUGGAGAGGAAAUCUAGGCGUCUAUCGCUUCAGUUGGCGACCACAGCACAAGGCAACACAGCGGCUGGCACUGCAUGCCAAUGCCCGGCGGCGGCUGCCCAUGCAUCUUGGCCGCACAGGAGAUGAUGAGCGGGUGUCAGUCACCGGCGAAAGUGGCGCCGGCCACUGCGCGCCCCACUCCCCACAUCGCACGGAGCUCCCUGUGGACCACGAUGGCAACCUGUUUUGCGAUGCGCGUGGCAUCAGCCGAAACCAACGCAAGAAGAAGCACUUGGAGCUCGAGCUCCAAAGCUUGCGGGAGGCCUACGCCCGAAAGAUUGCCGACACGGAGCUCCAGUGCGAGAAGCAGAUCGAAGCAGCGGAGGCGGAUCGAAACGAGUGGUUCAAGCGGAAGAAGGUGGAGAUUGCCAAGAUUCGGGCAGGCGUGAUCGUGAUGCAGGCGCUCUUCGAGCGCCGGAAGCGCAAGUUCAUCUCGCAGAUGGAGCAAGAGAGGGAGCAGACCGCCAGACAAAGGAAGGAGAUGGACGAGAAGAUGGCGGCCAUCGAGAAGAAGCUGGCGGACACCACCGAAGAGUACGAAAGCAGAAUCGCCGAGAUGCAGGUGGCCCAUGAGAAGAAGGUGGCCGAGAUGGACAAGCUGCAGAGGACGACCGAGGAGCAGGCUUUGCGAUCCGAGCGCCACCUCAAGAUCGCCGAAGGCGAAAUCACACGGUUGCAAGAGAUCGAGAAGGGGCUCCGCUUCGAAAUCGAAGACAUGAAAGUCAGGCUGCAAGUCGCGGAGCGGGCCGAAGAUUUGAAGCGGGCCCGUGAGAAGGCAGAGUUCCUGGAGGAUGAAUUGCGGAGGCUUCGAAAGCGCAUGGCCGACCGCAAGCACGCCGAAGCUGAAGCCCUGAGAAAGGAGCUCAUGGAGUAUGUGAAGUUCAUCGUGAGGAUCCUUCCUGAUGAGUGGCGUGCCAGGGUGAAACCUGAGAUCCUCCAACGCUUAGCGGCAAAGGUUGGGCCGGAGGAGGACUCGACGAUGGAGGCCAUCUCUGCCAGAGAUCCCUCCUCGCAGCACGCCCUCCCGCCGCUGGACGACCGUGCCAUGCUCUCCAGGAACUCGAGCUAG